AUGAAUGAAAGCACAAUAAAUCGUGUAGCGGUCAUUGGCGCUGGAAUCAGUGGUAUUGUCAGUGCCGCCCAGCUUCUCGCUGCUGGAUUACAAGUCACGGUCUUUGAGAGGAGCCAAGCGGCUGGUGGUGUCUGGCUUUUUGAUAAGCGAGUACCGAUCGAAGCCCAUUAUCCUAACUGUCAAUCAUCGGAUGUGGGAAGAUACAGCAGAGAUGACAGAAGUGAGAAUGAACAAAAGAUUCUGAUUCACGCACCCCGGGUCCUUGCUAUGAAAGUCUUACCAACAACGUCUCGACCCCGUUGCUCCGCACAAAACUCAACGCGUGGCCAAAGGGAACCCCGCACUAUAGUGCUCAAAGAAUACAUUCAGGACACAUCUAAGAAAACUGGCGUUGACAAUGUGACUAUUUAUGGCGCUCUCGUGAAGCAAGUCUAUAAAACUGGACAAGAAUGGCACGUUCAUUGGACCACGUUGGAACAGGACUCCAACUCAGGACAUAUUGCUGAGCAGCAAAAUACUGCGGUACACUCCACCUGGCAAUUCGAUGCCGUUGUUGUUGGAUCCGGCCAUUAUCACACUCCUCUCAUCCCUGAUAUCACAGGUCUGGCUGAAGCAAAAGCCAAAUGGCCUGCAAAGAUCACUCAUUCAAAAUAA